ACUCCCUCUACUUAUUCUUCGGGAGAGAGAUCUGAAAACCUUCCUCUCCCUUUCCAAACCCUAAUUCUUCUUACAGAGAUCUCAUAACCCAUCUUCUCCAUCUAAAACCCUAUUUAGAUCAUCAGAGAUAUCUGAAAAAUGGUGCAGAGGUUAACGUAUCGGAAGCGGCAUAGCUACGCCACCAAAUCUAAUCAGACGAGAGUCGUCAAAACCCCAGGCGGGAAGCUCGUCUAUCAGACAACUAAGAAGAGAGCGAGUGGGCCGAAAUGCCCCGUCACUGGCAAGAGAAUCCAAGGGAUUCCACACCUGAGACCUGCAGAAUAUAAGAGGUCGAGAUUGUCAAGAAACAGGAGGACAGUCAACCGUGCUUAUGGUGGGGUUCUUUCUGGAGGAGCUGUUAGAGAGAGGAUCAUUCGAGCCUUCCUAGUGGAGGAGCAAAAGAUUGUGAAGAAGGUGUUAAAGAUCCAAAAGGCCAAGGAAAAGCUGUCCACCAAGAGCUGAAGAGGAUAGAUGAAAUAAGCAAAAAGCUUUUGGGUUUUUGUGAGCUCGAAAGAAAUUUUGACUUGAUGAUGAUGAAAUGGUGAGAUGUUUGAGUGCCUUCUUUAAAGGGUAUUGAUAUCUUCCUGCAUAUUUGGUUUUGGACCUCUGUUUUAGUACUACAUUCCAUGACGCAAAGCCUUUUGUUUUCAGAUUGUUUCUUCUUUUAAGAAUGUUUGCUCA